AGUUGUGAAACUUUCGACUAUGUUCAUUCAAUUUAGUUCAGUCCAGACCUUAGUAGUAGUUUGAACUUUACACAUUUGUUUGUUAAAUGAAAAGCAUUAAAAUAAUUAAAUAUAUAUUUAUAUAUAACUUUUAUGUUUUUAAUGCACUUGUAUCAUUUUAUUCAUAAUAUUUUUACGAAAUCUGAAAGGAACAAAUAAAAUAAUAAAUGUGGUGAACAAUAAACAAAAAAAUAACUACGUGUUAAAACAAGUUUAGUACGAAUUGUGUUAAAAGUAGCAUUAUAAAUAAGAGUAAAUGAACUAAUAAGAGAAAAAAUAGGAAGAAAAACGAUAGAAAAAACUACUAAAAAUGGCUGUAUUUGGCAUGGUAUCAUCACUAGCCGGCUUUGUUAAAGUUCGGUAUUUAAUUGAUAAAGCUAUAAUUGACAACAUGGUUUUCAGAUGUCACUAUAGAAUCACUAGCGCGAUAUUGUUUGUCUGUUGUAUUAUUGUUACAGCUAAUAAUUUGAUUGGCGAUCCAAUUUCCUGUAUAAAUGACGGAGCUGUACCUACUCAUGUUAUAAAUACAUAUUGUUGGAUCACAUACACAUUUACUUUGCCUGGUUUGCACGGAAAGUCUAUAGGAACUCAUGUUGCACAAUCAGGGGUGGGAUCUGAUCAGGGAGAUAAAACCUAUCAUAGUUAUUAUCAGUGGGUACCAUUUACCCUAUUUAUGCAAGGUAUUUUAUUCUAUGUGCCUCAUUGGAUUUGGAAAAAUUGGGAGUCUGGAAAAAUUAGAAUGAUCUCAGAUGGUAUUCGUGGCGUUUAUACAGCUCCGAUGGAUGAACGUAUCAGCAGACAGUCACGUUUAGUUAGAUAUAUUGUAGAUAGCUUAUCGACUCAUAACUCAUAUUCAUUUGGAUACUUUUUUUGUGAAUUUCUUAAUUUUAUAAACGUGAUAAUAAACAUCAUAUUCACUGACAAAUUUUUGGGCAAUGCUUUCUUAACGUAUGGUCCUGAAGUUAUUAAAUUUUCAAACAUGAAUCAAGAAACGCGUUAUGAUCCAAUGAUUGCCGUUUUUCCUCGCAUAACAAAAUGUACAUUUCACAAGUAUGGAGCUUCAGGAAGCAUUCAAAAACAUGACGCAAUGUGUGUUUUAGCUCUUAACAUUUUAAAUGAAAAAAUAUAUAUUUUCUUAUGGUUUUGGUUCAUCAUUUUGGCUACAUUAAGUGCUUUAGCCAUCAUUUACUCAGCGGUCAUCUUAAUGAUGCCAACUUCUCGAGAAGCUGUAAUCAAAAGGCGUUUCCGUCAUGGAACCAAGAAGGAGGUUGAAAGUUUGAUUAGACGUAUUCAGAUUGGUGACUUUUUGCUCUUACACUUGCUAGGACAAAAUAUUAAUGUAACGCAGUAUAGUGAAAUUUUGCAUUCCGUAAUAAAUGAUAUUGGGGGAAGCACUGGUGGUGAUACUCCUUCAGCACCAUCAACCCUUGAAAUGGCUCCAAUGUAUCCAGAUAUGAAAUUUGGUAAAGAGUACAAAGAAACUGAGACGUAAAAUAAUAAUACUUUAAAUUAUUAUUUUCUUUAAAUUAAAUGAUCAAUUUAAACUUCAAGACUGUAGUGCAUUCUAUCAGAUUUUUUUCUUAUGUAGAUUUUUUUCAUACAUAUUUUGAAAAAAAAAUCGAACAAAUUCAAAAAAGAAAACAUAUUCAAUAUUUUGAAAAUCAAACUCUAUAUUUUAAAAUUAGGUUUAAUUUUAAUCAAUUUUAUAAAAUGUUUUUUAUAAGAAUAUUGCCAUAAUAUCUUAUUACCUAUUAUUAAUUUGUAUUCAUUAUCAUAAAUUUAAUUUUUAAAUCAUUUAGACUCAAGUUCGAACAAUAUUUUAUUCACGAAUCUUUCUUAUUGUUAGUAAAUAUAUACAUAUAUGUAAAAUACAUAUAUACCUACAUAUUUGUAAGUAGCAUUUUUCGCUUA